AUGAGUGAAUUAAGUCAAGAAGAGAUAAGAAGACGGCGGUUAGCAAGACUUGCAGCACUGGGAGGAACGGGUUCAUCGCCAUCCCCAAUAAGUCCACCAGUCACACCUAGUGCUUCCGUUCCAGCGGAAGUUUUAAACACACAGACGUCACGAUUAUCACCCACGUCCUUACCAAGAAGUUCUACUGAAAACACACCAGAUACAAAUUACAAUGAAAAUAAGAAUGACGUAUCAGACCAGACGAAAAUACCAGCAGAUGGAUUAAUAGUUACAGAAAAAACUGAUAAUAAUUUAUUAGACGAGAUGCCAGAUACGAAAAUGACAGAUCUUUCACAAACAAGACAAUAUAACAGUUUUGAUUCUAUGGGUGACGAUGCAUUAAUAAGUUGUGGGUCAGUUAGAGUUGGUACAUUGCCACAAUCCACUGUUAGUGGCUCAGAGGGUGCUUCAACAAGAGAGGACAGUACAUCUCGGUCAAUAUCUCCAGCUCAGUUUGUUGAACCAUCACCUGUUCGACCUAGAACCACUAAUGCUUCACCUAGUUGCUCACGACGGUCUCUCUCAAUGGAGGUAGAUGAUGUAUCUGAAAGGAACUCUCAGUCUGAGAGUCAACAAGAACCAAUGGAGGUUGAAGAUAACGACACAAUAUCAUCACCCGCUCGCAAAAUACAGCGUUCGCGGACAGUGAGCUCUACGGAAUUGACAGAGGAACAGCUGAGGAGCAUAGUUGCGAAGAUCUUACAAGUUUCAUGGUCGGAAGACAGCUUAGGAGACAUUUUCGUUCCAUCCGUAGCCGCGGCGUUACUUGACAAUCCGAAGUUAACGUUAAAUGAGAUAGCAUCAGAGGCUCUUAUGGAUGUAAUGAUGCAAAUUCUAGACGGUUCAGAUCCGCUCAAUCACAGAGCCCUGCUUGCCCUCCUAACACGACAAUCCAUGAAAGAAUUGAGCGAGGAAUGUGUAGACGAUCUUCUAGCAAAAGACCCGAAUACGAUUCAGAUUGAUCCAGAAGAGGGGGAGUGUCCUAAACCUUUAUUACCACUACCCAAAGACAUCACUAACCAAGCAUUAGCUGUUAGCUAUUUACUUAAGUUCUACUACAAUAUCAAUAUUUACGAGAGAGAUUAUCCAAAGAAGAGUUCAGAGCCACCUCUAAGUGAUUUGCUCUUAAGUUUGCGAACUUUGAUUGUUGAUCAUCUAGUAUUGGUGUUAAGAAGGAAGUUUGACUUGGAGAAAAGUAGAAAGUCACCUCUGCUACCAUACAUCAUGAUUAGGAACACACCAACUGGACUCAUAUCUGAAUUGAUGUUGAAUACAUACCAAGAUGAAGAGGCCUUUGAGGAGGUAUUUGUACCACUCUUAAUGGGUAUACGCGAAGAGAUGCGACGCCGCGUGUCCCCCCUAGUCGGACGCGGGGAGGGUGCAGCCCUCCGAGCUCUACGUUCUCUAUGCGAACUCAGAGCAGGUCCUAGGCACUCAGCUAGGCCUAUCUGUGCCCUAAUCGCCAAGUUACCCAGCUUGUGUCCAGCCCCCGUUACUACUGCACCCGGGAGAGAAAUCGCCAGAGUUAGCUUUCUGGGGCCAUUUUUUGCUAUGUCACUAUUCGCUGAAGAAAACCCACUCUUCGCUGAACGCAUGUUCGCGAGUGGAAUAGACCACGGCCUGGCAUUCGCUCUAGAAAGGGAGGUGGAAGCAAGUCGGAACACACUGCACAGUAUCUGCCACAAUAUUCUACUCUGCCCUGAAGCGAGGGAACCUUUCCUACUGUACUUUGCUGCGCUGCUGCAAAGGAACGAACGAAGGGCCCAGCUUCAGACCGACGAGCGGUCCUUAGCUGGUGAUGGUUUUAUGUUAAACGUGUGCUCAGUGCUACAGCUGUUGUCAGUACGUAUUAAACUGGAUCGGGUCUACCCACUGUACACGUUCCAACCGGGCACGUGGAUCAAUGUACGUGACGAGACGCGACUGUACUUCAACAACCAGGAGGCGCAAGAUUGGCUAGAUGCGCUUAAUGAAUCGGGCUCUUGGCCAGAAUCAAAUUUCCAAACAAUUUGCUGGUUCCUCACAUUACAUAUGCAUCACGUUGCUAUUAUUCCCGCCCUGCACACGCAUCAAAGGAGAAUUCGUGCAUACCGUGACCUCAAGAAAGUAAUGGGUGAACUCGUAGCCGCGGAACCGCAAUGGCGGAACAGUUACACUGCUCUGCGGAAUAGGGAACUGUUGCGACGUUGGCGUCGGCAGAUCAAAAGACUACACAGGUCAAAGCAAUGCGCAGAGACAGCGCUAUUGGAUCCCGAACUUAUGCGUCGAGGCGUUCAGUUCUAUUCGUCUGUAUGCGCGCUACUCGUGAAGCAGUUAGAAGCGGCCAGAGAUGGUGCGGAUGAACCAUCCAAUUCGCCUGCCCAUGCCUUUAGAGCCACGCCCGAGUGGUACGUCGAAGAUAUCGCGGAAUUUAUGCUCUUCGUUGUACAGUAUGCUCCACAAAUCGUAGCAUACUACAUCGAAGACCCGAUUAUAACGUGGCUACUGAGCGCCAUCUGCAACUCGCAUCUCAUCAAAAAUCCGUAUCUCGUCGCAAAAAUUGUGGAGGUCCUCUUCGUUAUCAAUCUGUCGUUGCAAAUGAAGCUGAGAAAUGUCUACCAAAAGUUUAUGGACCAUCCGUUGUCACAAACAGCGUUACCUAGCGCGUUGAUGAAGUUCUACACGGAUAUAGAAACGACUGGACAGAGCACGGAAUUCUAUGACAAGUUCACGAUACGAUUCCACAUUAGUAUUAUCUUGAAGGGAAUGUGGAAGAAUCCUAUUCAUAAACAAGCUAUCGUGAAAGAAUCUCGAUCAGGCCGCCAAUUCGUGAAAUUCAUCAACAUGCUAAUGAAUGACACCACAUUCUUACUGGACGAGUGCCUCACUUACUUGAAACGCAUUCACGAAGCACAAGAGGCAGAGUCAUCCGGUUCUGGCAGCGACGCACGGACAAGAGCACUAGCACAGGACGAAAGACAGUGCCGUUCUUAUCUCACACUCGCUAGGGAGACAGUAGACAUGUUGGAAUACCUAACUGUGGAGAUCAAAGAACCAUUCCUUCGCGCAGAACUGGUUGAUCGGCUCGCGUCUAUGCUUAACUUUAAUUUGCAACAACUAUGCGGUCCCAAAUGCAAUAAUCUUAAGGUCCGACACCCAGACAAGUAUGGAUGGGAACCACGGCGGUUGUUGAGCCAACUCGUUGACAUCUACCUACAUCUAGAUUCGCCACAGUUCCAUGCUGCACUCGCUGCUGAUGAGCGUUCAUUCCGCAAAGAGCUGUUUGAGGAAGCAGCCGUGCGUUUAGCAAAGUCGUGCAUCAAAACUCCGACUCAGAUUGAACGGUUUAAAACGAUAGCCGAUAGCGCCUAUCAGAUUGCAAUAUCGAAUCAACAAAAGAGCGACGAGUUUGCGGACGCGCCCGAGGAAUUCAGAGAUCCACUGAUGGACACGCUUAUGACUGACCCCGUACUGCUGCCUUCGGGCAAGGUCAUGGAUAGAUCUGUGAUCUUACGGCACUUGUUGAAUAGCGCGACUGACCCCUUCAAUCGGCAGCCGCUUACUGAGGAUCAGCUACGUCCAGCUUCAGAGUUAAAAGAGAGAAUCAUUCAGUGGCAACGCGAGAAGAACACGUAG